GUCAAAGGUGACUGCCGAAUACGUGCCGGAAGCGAUCCUGUGGCCUUCGUCCUUUGUGAGGGCCGUGCCGUCUUCGACUACGAGGACCCUUCGGUGGCGAUUCGUUUUUUGGCGACCAGCUCGGACUGUCUCCAAGGCCGAGAAUUGUGGUCCGCUUUGCCGGCAGAGGUGGCCGCUGCCACGCUGUGCAGCGCAGGGCUUCGCGCGGCCUGUGCCGCCCUGCGCACAUGCAAGGGCUGGAGCGAAGAUGCAAUCAGCCUUGGCUGCCGGGAGCGGGCCUACAAAGAGAUGACAGGCUGGUGUCAUUCGGCGGGCGUCCCCACCAAGAAGGAGAUGAUCCGCGAGCGAAUUUCCGGCGUGAAUUUCAACCACGACAUUGCGAGCGUACUAAGACCAGAAGGACAACACAAAGUUCACAGCAGCCUGUACAACUGCGGGGAGAACAUCAAGGCUUUGCGUGACUUGUGCAAUGUCAACAGCGGGGAGUCUAGGCAACCGUAG